CGGUGUGCCGUCACAGAGUAAACAAAUCGAAAAAGAAAAAACCCCCAGGAAAUCGACCACGAUGAAAAAAGAAAAGCUCAAUAGCACAUCUUAUAUAAUGAGCUCAACCCAGAGAGAGAGAAAGAGAGAGAGAUGAAAUCCAGUUCCAGCAGCUCUUCGAUGAACACUGUUCCUGGACCGUUGCAAGAUCUGGCCAGAGGCGGGGAGGAAACAUUUCGGCCAAAGAACUGCCCACGGGUCGAUCCCUUCCGGAGUCCAACCACGCCACCUACUACUUCGUCAACUAAGCUAUCGCGAAGAAAACACGGACUCCAACAUGGCAAGGGUUGCGAUGGCGAGUUCAGAGGAUGCCAUUUCUCCACUUGUCCAGCAAUGGCUGGAGUGGGACCAGGAGCCAGAGACGCGGAGUGAAAUCGAGAAACUUCGAGACUCUCACGAUGUGGAAGAGUUGGAGCAGCGACUACGUAACCGUAUUCAAUUCGGAACUGCAGGUCUUCGCGGCCGGAUGGCAGCAGGGUUCGCCUGCAUGAAUUCGCUCACCGUUAUUCAGGCGUCACAGGGCUUAGCCAAGUAUCUCCGGAACAAGCAUCCAGAGAUAGCAUCCAGAGGGGUGGUCAUCGGACAUGAUGCUCGUCAUCGUUCUGACCGGUUUGCCGGUCUCGCUGCCAAUGCCUUUAUAGCGGAGAAGAUCCCUGUCUGGUACUACAAGAGCGCCUCGCCGACUCCGUUAGUCGCGUUUGGAGUAACUCAUCUGCGCGCAGCAGCAGGAAUCAUGGUUACUGCAAGUCAUAACCCAGCCCAAGACAACGGAUACAAAGUCUAUUUUGAGAACGGCGCGCAGAUCAACACGCCCAUGGACGUGGAAAUAGCCCAGUCGAUCGAAGAGAACUUGGCGCCAUGGCCUCAUGCAUGGGAUGACCUGCAAUCAAACGAGAUUCUGCACGAUGAUGCAUUGGAGCAGACUCUACCUCAAUAUACCGAAGCCGUCUGGAAAUAUGCAAGUUCCACUGUGACGGACUGGAAACAGCCCAAACCUUUCGCCUACACACCUCUCCAUGGUGUUGGUGGUCUAGUCUUCCCAUCAUUCUGUCGGUCCAAGGGAAUCUGCGCUUUCACGACUGUUCCUGCGCAAGAGAAGCCCGAUCCCGAUUUCCCCACUGUUGCGUUCCCUAACCCGGAAGAAAAUGGAGCCUUGGACCUUGCAAUUCAGACUGCCGACCAAGAAGGAAAGACUUUGAUUAUCGCACACGAUCCCGAUGCGGAUCGUUUUGCUGCUGCAGAGAAAGUAGACGGCUCGUGGUUCCUAUUCACUGGUAAUCAAGUCGGAGCCCUUCUUGGAUCCCAUAUCUUCGAAACCAUCGAUAGCCAAGGUAGCAAGUCUCCUAUUGCAGUUCUCAACUCUGCUGUCUCCAGUGGAAUGCUUGAGAGAAUGGCAGUGUCCAAAGGCAUCGAGUUCCGAGAGACCCUUACAGGCUUCAAGUGGAUGGGCAAUAUCGCGCGUACUCUUGAAGAAUCAGGAUAUCUUGUUCCCUUUGCGUUUGAGGAAGCCCUGGGCUACAUGUUUCCUUCUAUCUGCCACGACAAAGAUGGAAUCAGUGCAGCUAUGGUAUUCCUGGCGGCAGAGACAAGAUGGAGGGAGCAGGGUCUCACUCCGUACACGAAACUCCAGCAACUCUUCAAGGAAUUCGGCCACCACGAAACAUUAAACAGCUACUUUCGUUCCCCGAGCCCGGAAUUGACGAACGUUCUAUUCCAGGGUAUUCGAAACGGGUCUUACAGAACAGAAAUGACCUUGGGUUCCUUCAAAAUCAUGCGUUGGCGGGACAUGACCGAAGGAUACGAUUCUGGGACAGCAGACAAGAAGCCAGCGCUGCCGGUGGAUAAGGGCAGUCAGAUGCUUACGUUGUGGCUGGACGGCGAUGUUCGGUUUACUCUCAGAGGCUCUGGCACAGAGCCAAAGGUGAAAUUGUAUAUUGAAAGCUGCGGUGCCUCGCGUGAUCUUGCAGUCGCCGCAGUCUGCAAAGCCUUUUCGACCGUCUUAAAUGAAUGGGUUCUGCCUUUUGCUCCGUUGAUGACCUAUAGCAAACAGCUUCCCACUUCGUCCGGCCAUGUUUUUACGGCGGCAUGAGUGUUUAAGGGAUAAAGAAAGACAUUUGUGAAUAAAAUGAAAAUCAGCCUUCAGUAUCGACAUUUCGAAUCAGACUGCUUGGAUUUCCCAUUCUGACGAGUUGAUUCCUUUGAUCUAUCUCCAUCAGGCGACCUUUUCGUAGCAAACUGACGGGGACCUUCGACAGAGUCCGUGCCAUUGUGUAAGCAAACCCUGGCAGU